AUGUUUUCUCAAAUUACCAAACCUCAAAAUAGUAAAUUGUUAACAUAUAUAAUUGGCGCUACUGCAACAUUCGCAGUAGCAACUACCGCAUACCAUUAUACCUCAUCAAAAAAAACCUCUUUCUCCAUUAUUAGUAAUGAAAGUCCUAAAGUAUUUAUUGGUGACAAUAAAUGGAUUGAUCUACCUUUGCUAAAAGUUGAGGAACAAUCUCAUGAUACUAAACUGUUCACCUUUAAAUUACCUACGGAUGACUCAGUGACAGGCCUAACUUUAGCUUCUGCCGUAUUAACCAAAUUUUUCAACGAAGAAACUGGCAAAAAUGUUAUUAGACCUUACACACCAGUGAGUGACUUAAAUAUGGAAGGUUCUUUUCAAUUAAUUAUUAAACAUUAUCCAGGCGGUCCAAUGACAAACCAUAUUUUCAAACUAAAGCCUAAUGAUACUCUUUCGUUUAAAGGCCCAAUUAAGAAAUGGGAUUGGGUUCCAAAUUCCUUUGAAAGAAUCACUUUGCUAGGUGCGGGUACCGGUAUUACACCUCUAUUCCAAUUAGCUCGCCACAUAGUUGAGAAUCCAAAUGACAAUACAAAAGUGGAUUUAAUAUAUGGUAACAAAACACCAAAUGAUAUUUUAUUGAAACAUGAAUUGGACGCCUUGCAUAAAAAAUAUCCUGACAAAUUUAAUGUUUCAUAUUUUGUGGACUCCAAAGAAAGUAAUUUAGAUUCAGAUUCCAAACUUCAUUUAGGGUUUAUUUCAAAGGAAUUCUUAAAAACAAACAUUGCAAAAGCUACUGAAAAAACACAUGUAUUUGUUUGUGGACCACCACCUUUUAUGAAGGCAUUUUCAGGUGAAAAAGUAUCUCCAAAAGAUCAGGGUGAAUUGAUUGGAAUUUUAAAGGAGCUGGGAUAUACAAAAGAACAAGUGUUCAAAUUUUGA